UCUCGUCAGCGGGAACCUUUGUCCUCUACGGUAGUCCGUACUCGCUCUGGUUUGGUUUUGUCUAUCUCACAGUGAAUCGGAAGAUGGCGGAAGCUCCCCUACGGCCCAGCCGGUUUUUCUGUCACCGAUGUUCGGCAGAGAUCAGCCCUCGUCUCCCGGAUUACACAUGUCCCCAGUGUGAUUCAGGAUUCAUUGAGGAGCUACCAGAAGAAAGAAGCGCUGAAAAUGGGACCACGUCCACAGCUACCAGCAGCGAUCAGAACCGGCAUCCGUUUGAGAAUGUGGACCAGCACUUGUUUACAUUCCCCCCCGGGUACGGCCAGUUCGCUCUCGGGGUCUUCGACGAGACCUUCGACUUUGGAGCGGGGCUGUCGUCCGAGGACAACAGGGAAACGGAGAGCCGGCGGGAACGCGAGCUGGCGUCACGGCAACGGUACGGCGCCAGGCAACCACGCGGGCGCCAUGUCCCGCGGCGGCAACCGGGAAGACAUGAGGGAGUGCCCACGUUAGAGGGAAUAAUUCAGCAGCUAGUCAACGGGAUAAUCGCUCCAACAGCAAUGCCAAAUAUUGGUGUGGGACCCUGGGGCGUGCUGCACUCAAACCCAAUGGACUAUGCAUGGGGUGCCAACGGGCUUGAUGCAAUUAUCACACAGUUAUUAAACCAGUUUGAGAACACCGGACCUCCCCCAGCGGACAGAGAGAAGAUCAAGAACCUUCCCACAGUCCAGGUCACAGAGGAGCACGUGGGCUCAGGUCUCGAAUGUCCAGUGUGUAAAGAGGACUACAGUGCAGGGGAAAACGUUAGGCAACUUCCAUGCAAUCAUUUGUUUCACAAUGACUGUAUAGUACCUUGGCUGGAACAGCACGACACGUGUCCAGUGUGCCGGAAAAGCCUAAGCGGACAGAACACAGCCACCAAUCCUCCAGGUCUAUCAGGGAUGAACUUCUCCUCUUCCUCCUCCUCUUCCUCAUCCAGCUCGCCCGGCAAUGACAACACCUCCAGCAAUUCGUAAAAAAAAAAAAAAAAAUUGAGUACCUCCUCCGCCUACAGCCCAAGGUUCCGCCCCCCCGCUCUGUCCCAGGCGAUGAAAAAUGCCCCUCUUGUUACCCUCAGGGCUCAUUCUGGAGUUCGUGUGCGUGACCUGAAGAAAUAACACAGACAAUGUGAAACCCAUGCGUUUUUCUUUUUUUUCUUUUCUCUCCCCCCCCCCUUCCACAAUGAACUGGAAAACAAGGAACACUCUUAUCCUUCUGCACUGUGUGCGUCUGAAGUGGUCACUUUCUGCGUGGACUUGACCCUUGCGGGAGGAAGUAUGUAUGAAUACGAGAGAUAAGGAACUGAGAAGGGCAACUAGUGCGGGGAAAGAAAAGAACAGGAGGUGCCCUGCAAUGGAGCCAUUUUUCCUGUGUUCUCUAAGAAGUAGAGGGGCACACAUGUUACUUACAAAAAUAUAUCAUUUUGCUUAAAACCCUCCUUUGGUUGUACAGCUGUUAGCAGCAAAGGGGAAAUAUAUGUGUGCAUAUAUUCAUAUUUUUGAAAAAAAAGGUCUGUACAGCCAAAGGACCCAAGAAUAUAUUUGGGGAGUGAGGGAACGCUGAGUGUGUGCAUUUGAUUAAAGUUAGAAUUUUACCAUUUUUGCCCCCCCCCCCCCCUCCAUAAAGUUUGAAAAUUGAUUGUUUCUUUAAGAUUGUUUGGCCUUUUAGAAUCAAAAAUAUUGUUUUUCGAUGCAUUUUUGUGGUGGUACUUCAGUGAUGGUGCGAUGCCUGGGCCUGGUGAUUGGGUUAAUGUGGACUCGGUAUGUCGCAGAGUUGCCUUCGCUGUCCUCUGUGGAAUGGUUUAUUAUUUUGGACUCGAUUAACCGGAGAACAGUGGAUUAGCUGAACAAUCACAUCUAGCCCUGUGUUUUUCGAGCAGAAUGACCCCUGCCUACAUUCCGUGAUUAACCUCUAAAUACAAGGAGCGAUGCCAAAACCUAAUGUCGGAGUCAUCCUUUUUCAGCUGUUUUUUUUUUUCCUUUUAAAGCUCUUUGUAUUUGCUGUGUAUGGAAUCCGAGGGGACACCUUUCAGAAGUGGAAAGACAUCUGGAUUUCCGCGUCGAUCCAGUCACAUUCACACACUCAGCUUUCGCGUACCUUUUCUUACACAUCCAGUAAAUUUCAGUACAAUGCGAGUAUUUUUUAACUUAUUCUAAGUUAAUGACGUUUUUGUAAAAAUCAUAAUAAAAAAAAGUGAAAUAUUAAUAAGUUGUAGAUGUUGUAAACAUGGAAGAACCAGUUGUGAAAAUAAAGAGGAUUUGAGCGCCUCCAGAGAUGACUAAGCCAAUGCCUACAUUCUCAUGGAAAAUGCUUCCAAAAACCAUUUGUAAAAUAUUUAAUAGGGUUCUUAUUUAUCACACACCUGCAUUUUUUUUUACAUUUACAUUACAAUUAAUUUCUCGUGAUGCUAUAACCUAUUGCAAGUCCCAUUAUGAAGCACAAUAAAUUGUGAUUUUUAUUGUUA